AAAAUGUCCUACCUGAGGCCAAAUUGUCCAGCUGACGGCAAAAAUUCUUCACCUGAGGGCAAAAUCUCCCACCUUGGGCAGGUGUUGCCUUUACCUGGAUGGGCUUUUGGGUCAGCCCUCCCUGACAACCCCAGGUUAGGCCCUGGCUAAAAUCUCUCACUUGAGGCCAAAAACUGCCCACCUGAGCCAGCCCCAAGAUGAAGUAAAACAGCCCCAAAAAUGAGCAGGAAAGUGCGGAGCGUGCGGGCCAGGCUACCCCAGCCCUCUGGAGGCCAUGAAAGGGCCCCGGGAGCAGCUGCUCUACCUGCCCUGCAUCUACCAGAACACCGGGAUCAGCAUUCCUGACUUCCUGGCCACCGUGGAUGUGGAUCCCAAAUCCCCUCGGUACUGCCAGGUAAUCCACCGCCUGCCCAUGCCCAACGUGGGGGACGAGCUGCACCACUCAGGCUGGAACGCCUGCAGCAGCUGCCACAGUGAUCCCACAAAAUCCAGGAAUUUCCUGAUCCUUCCCAGCCUCAUCUCCUCCCGCAUCUACAUCGUGGACGUGGGAACCGAUCCCAGGGCUCCCAAACUCCACAAGGUGGUGGAAGCUGAGGAGCUGGCCCGGAAGGGGAACGCUGCAUUCCCACACACUUCCCACUGCCUGGGCUCCGGGGAAAUCCUCAUCAGCUGCCUGGGGGAUCCUGAUGGCAACGGAAAAGGCACUUUCAUCCUCCUGGAUGGAGAAACCUUCGAAGUGAAAGGAAAUUGGGAAAAAGGAGGAAAAAUCCCCAAUUUGGGCUACGACUUCUGGUACCAGCCCCGGCACAACGUCCUGCUCAGCACCGAGUGGGGCGUUCCCAAAAUCCUGGCCCAGGGAUUCGAUCCCAGGGAUGUGGAGAAAGGGCACUACGGGCGCCGCAUCAACGUGUGGGACUGGAGCGGGCGGCGCCUGGUGCAGGAGCUGGAUCUGGGCUCGGGAUCCAUCCCGCUGGAAAUCCGCUUCCUGCACGACCCCAGCGCCGCCCAGGGCUUCGUGGGCUGCGCCCUGAGCGGGCAGAUCCAGCGCUUCCACAGGAACUCGGAAGGAAAAUGGGAAGCGGAGAAGGUGAUUGAGGUGCCCAGCAAGAAAGUCCAAGGAUGGCUCCUCCCAGAAAUGCCAGGGCUGAUCACGGAUAUCCUGAUUUCCCUGGACGACAGAUUCCUGUAUUUCAGCAACUGGAUCCACGGGGACGUGCGGCAGUACAACAUCUCCGACCCCAAAAAUCCCAAACUGGUGGGGCAGGUUUUUGUGGGAGGCAGCAUCUCCAAAGGGGGAGCUGUGACCGUGCUGGAAGAUCAGGAAUUGCAGGAUCAGCCCGAGCCGUGCGUGAUCCAGGGGAAGCAGAUCCCGGGGGGGCCGCAGAUGCUGCAGCUGAGCCUGGACGGGCGGCGCCUCUACGUGAGCACGUCGCUGUUCAGCGCCUGGGACCGGCAGUUCUACCCCGGCCUCAUCAAGGAGGGCUCGGUGCUGCUGCAGCUGGACGUGGACACGGAGCAGGGGGGGCUGGCCGUGAAUCCCGAAUUCCUGCUGGAUUUCGGGAAGGAGCCGGGCGGGCCCUGCCUGGCGCACGAGAUGCGCUACCCGGGGGGGGACUGCACCUCCGACAUCUGGCUGUGAUCCCGGAAAUCUGGGAAUUCUGGGAAUGUUUGGGAAUGGGGACUGCACUUCCGACAUCUGGCUGUGAUCCCACUGGAAUUCCAGGAAUGUUUGGGGAUGUGGAAAUGGGGGAUUGCACCUCCAACACUUGCCUGUGAUCCAGGGAAUCUGGGAAUUCAGGGACUGCACCCCCAGCAGUGAAUUUCUGAUCCCAGGAAAUUCAGGAUGUAUCCCAUUUUUUCCCCAUUCUUUCCUCUCUCCAUCCAUUUCCCAGGAAAUUUGGGGUGCCUAGGGUUUCAUCCACUCCCAAAAUUCCUAUGCUGGAUCAGCCCCUCCUAAAAAUCACCUUUGAUCUUUCUAAUCAAAAAUCCCAAUAAAUUUCCCCUUCCAGCA